ACGCCUUUAAGACAAACGAAGAAGAAACUCGGAAGUUAGGUCGGAUGUUGUCAUGGCGUUUCACAUGUAAAUCGCCGAGCUCCAGAAAUUCAAUUAAACGCAAUAUUACGAGAUUUGAAGGUUGAACUAAGCUGACUGUCUCUCCUGGACCAAAAAUUAUGAGCACCCAAUACAGCAUCCUUUUCAAGCAAGAGCAUGCACACGAUGAUGCCAUCUGGACGGCAGCGUGGGGUAAAAGUGAGGCGGAUGGGUCAGAAACCAUUGUCACUGGCUCACUAGAUGAUAUGGUCAAAGUCUGGAAAUGGUCAGACGAGAAGCUGGAGCUGCAGUGGACUCUGGAGGGACACCAGCUGGGUGUGGUGUCAGUGGACAUCAGUCACAAUGGAGCCAUCGCUGCCUCCAGCUCCCUCGAUGCUCACAUCCGUCUCUGGGACCUGGAGUCCGGUAAACAGAUCAAAUCCAUGGACGCAGGACCAGUUGAUGCAUGGACGGUUGCCUUCUCCCCAGACUCCAAAUACAUCGCCACAGGAAGCCAUCUUGGCAAGGUCAACAUCUUUGGUGUGGAAAGUGGCAAGAAGGAAUACUCUCUGGACACCCGAGGGAAAUUCAUCCUGAGUAUAGCUUACAGCCCUGAUGGAAAAUAUUUGGCCAGCGGAGCCAUCGAUGGAAUUAUCAACAUCUUUGACAUUGCCACUGGAAAGCUACUCCACACACUGGAAGGUCACGCCAUGCCCAUCAGAUCCCUCACCUUCUCCCCAGACUCCCAGCUCUUGGUCACAGCCUCAGACGACGGCUACAUUAAGAUUUAUGACGUGCAACAUGCCAACCUGGCCGGUACACUGAGUGGCCAUGGAUCCUGGGUUCUUAAUGUUGCCUUCUCCCCAGAUGACACGCACUUUGUCUCCAGCUCGUCUGACAAGAGUGUGAAGGUUUGGGACGCCAGCUCCAGAGCGUGUAUCAACACUUUCUUUGACCAUCAAGAUCAGGUGUGGAGUGUCAAGUACAACAGCACUGGCUCCAAGAUCAUCUCUGCUGGGGAUGACCGCGCCAUCCACAUCUACGACUGUCCUAUGUGAUGAAGGUCAUCCAGUCCAGUACAGGCUUCAGGAGAAGAGAGCCUUCAGAGCUGUUUACUCAAAUCAUGGAGUUCAAGUUUAUAAUUUGGGGGAGGGAGGGAAGGGGGGAGGGAGAGGGACAAACUGUAAAUGUUAUGGAUUAUUUUGCACUGGCCAACUAUGGUCAAAUAAAAGGGUUGUUUUUGUA